AUGAUAGAGACACCAACGGGGCUCUUCGGGCUGCUACCGAACGAGAUUAUCCUGCACCUCGUUGGCCUCUUGCCAAUCGCAGACGUUGUAUCCCUGAAGCGCGCAACACAUGACCUCUUGCCGGUUCUGGCUGAACGCAUCGAUCCGUCUCGAUACCUCCAAAGCACGGGCCCUUUUGCCGACAGCCCCGAGUUAUUGGAGGUGAUGGCAAGACACGGUGCCGUGCUUUCCGGAUCUAGAGCUCUGGAAUACUUUGUUCCGGGGUCUUCCACAAACGAUUCCGAUUGGGAUUUCUAUGUGCCCCCUAUACUGCCAUCGAUUAUAGCAGUCAAGAAUGCCCUGGAGAAGUCGGGUGUGACGUUUGAAUCCAGCCUCGAGUCGGCCGCUCGAAGGUUGAGAGAGAAGUCGGAAGUGAUUUUGAACCAGAACCAGAUCGUUUCUAUCGCCUACGAGGCGUUCUUUAACAAAAUUUCAUGGUCCAUGGAGCAGCAGAUAGUGAUCAACAGCGUCCGCUACAUGUACCCAGCGUUGAGGGAUAUGACAAUGCACGUUCGCGAGAAUGGCUCGGUUGGCUGGAUGGGGGAUCUCAUUCCCAUCUUCAUACGGGAGGGCGGCCGUGUAACUUGCCUGCAGCCGCAUGAAGAGAUGACCCAUGUAUAUCCUGAGAACGUCGCGUCAAAGGUUCUCUCUGGCACGGCCCAUCGGAACGGAAGUGCGGUGUCCGUCCAGUUAGUGGUCGGAACAAUCGAUCGUCGAAUGACCUCCAUCACCGAUGGCUUAUCGCAGACGGUGUUUGGGAGCAUUUUGUCCUUCUACGGAAGCCACGUGCAGUGCAUGCUGAGCAAGCAUAUCGCUCUACAUCUGUAUUACCGUCUUGCAUCAGGGAGGAGCGCAUUUCGUUGGCAAGUUCCUGAAGCUGUCCAUCGGAGGGCGGAAGAUGCCGUAGAAAAAUACGUCACUCGCGGAUUUCGGUUUAUAACAGCGUCUGACAACGGAGAGGAAUGGACUUUCCGCUCCACCGAAGACAAUGACUCGUUCUUGAUCGAGUUUGAUACCCGUGAGCACUAUGUACCUACUCUUUCGCAAAUCAAGGAUUUGCGAUGGUGCCAUAUGGGCGAGAUGAUCCAGAUGUCUUCACAGCCGAGAACGAUGGAUUCGCGGCGGUCACAUCACAAAGUCCUAGACUGA